ACAUUUCGGGGACCCACUUGAUGUGAUGUUUUCCGGGUUGCCUACGUUUUCCAUCUGCAGAUCGUGGUUCCUGUAACAGCAGGGGGACCAGCCUCCCUCUCUCCUCUAGAGUACCAUCCCUCUCGGCUCCCUGAGGAACAAUGGAAGUCUUGGAGUUCCUCAGACUGGAAGCCAAUGGCCCCAUGGUGACGGUGGCCCUGUCCGUGGUCCUCUUGGCUCUCCUGAAGUGGUACUCCACCUCAGCAUUUUCAAGACUAGAGAAGUUGGGCAUCAGACAUCCCAAGCCUUCUCCUUUUAUUGGAAACUUGACAUUUUUCUGCCAGGGUUACUGGGAAAGCCACAUGGAGCUCAGAAAACAAUACGGACCUCUGAGUGGGUACUACCUUGGUCGUCGGAUGUUUAUCGUUAUCACUGAGCCAGACAUGAUCAAGCAGGUGCUGGUUGAGAAGUUCAGUAACUUUACCAACAGAAUGGCGUCAGGUUUGGAGCCCAAACCGGUAGCCAACAGUGUCCUGUUCUUACGUGACAAAAGAUGGGAAGAGGUCAGAAGUGUCCUGACUUCUGCUUUCAGUCCUGAAAAGCUGAAUGAGAUGACUCCUCUCAUCAGCCAAGCCUGCAACCUGCUCGUGGCUCACUUAAAGCGCUGUGCGGAAUCUGGAGAGGCUUUCGACAUCCAGAGGUGCUACUGCUGCUACACCACAGACGUGGUUGCCAGUGUGGCCUUCGGCACCCGGGUGGACUCCCGGGAGGCUCCCGAGCACCCCUUUGUGGAGCACUGCAGGCGUUUCUUUGCAUCCUCCAUCCCCAAACCUAUCCUGGUUUUAAUCUUAUCAUUUCCAUCCAUAAUGGUCCCACUGGCCCGGAUUUUGCCCAAUAAGAACCGAGAUGAACUGAAUGGCUUUUUUAACAGACUCAUUAAGAAUGUGAUUGCCUUGCGGGACCAGCAAGCAGCAGAAGAGAGGCGGAAAGAUUUCCUCCAGAUGGUCCUGGAUGCCCGACAUUCUGCCACCUCCGUGGGCGUGGAGAACUUUGACAUUGUCAGACAAGUCUUCUCCCCCACUGAAUGCACAGCAAACCCUUCCCAGCAACACCAGCCCAGACCCCUGUCCAAGCCUUUGACUGUGGAUGAGGUCGUGGGCCAGGCCUUCAUCUUCCUCAUCGCUGGCUACGAGAUCAUCACCAACACUCUCUCCUUCGCCACCUACCUCCUGGCCACCAACCCUGACUGCCAAGAGAAGCUUCUGAGAGAGGUGGACCAUUUCAGCAAGAAACAUCCGGUCCCUGAGUACUGCAGCCUCCAGGAAGGCCUGCCCUACCUGGACAUGGUGAUUGCAGAGACCUUGAGGAUGUACCCACCAGCUUUCAGGUUCACGCGAGAGGCGGCACAGGACUGCGAGGUGCUGGGGCAGCGCAUCCCCGCGGGCACCGUGCUGGAGAUGGCCGUGGGCGCCCUGCACCAUGACCCCAAGUACUGGCCACGCCCCGAGACCUUCGACCCCGAGAGGUUCACAGCUGAGGCCCGGCGGCGCCGGCGGCCCUUCACGUACCUGCCGUUCGGGGCGGGUCCCCGGAGCUGCCUCGGGGUGAGGCUGGGGCUGCUGGAGGUCAAGCUGACGCUGCUCCACGUCCUGCGCAAGUUCCGGUUCGAAGCCUGUCCUGAGACUCAGGUACCACUGCAGCUAGAAUCCAAAUCUGCCCUAGGUCCAAAAAAUGGUGUCUACAUCAGAAUCAUCUCCCGCUGACACGGGUCAAGUGUUAUAACACCACCCCUAAUUCAAAGAAAACCCUCAUGUGGAAAUUCAGAUUUUUGGAAAAACAUCACUGAAGCAAUUGAACGUGUACCUGGCAUACGAGUGUAAAAUAGGCCAUUUACAUAACAUUUCCUAAUGCUUAAUAAAUGUUUGUUGCACUUA